UGAAAUUUUGUCAGAUACACGGUUUCUAAGCAUGCAAUUAAAUACAUAUAUUAGGCUACUUUCGGCCAUGUACAGUAAAUCCACACCAGAACACAGCGACGAAGGAAUAUAAGCCGGAAGUGAACGUAUGAUUUCCCUCUUGCGUCGCGACAAUCUCUUCGGAGUUCUUUCCGUAACCAUGGUAACGGCACUCUGGAAAAUGGCUCCAGUGUCGAUGCUAAAACCGGUGCUAAUCUGACUGUUGACAUGUGAGGAAAACCGAUAACAGACUGUACAUUCAUAGACUGAUGUAAUAAUAUGAACUGUGGACUGUUUUAUGGUUUCAGCUCGUGCGCUUUUGUUUUUUGUGAAUAUUAAGAGUUUUUAUUUUAGCGAAACAGACUGGUUAGCAUGUUUACGGAUGAGGGCCUGGACUCAGUGAGCAUCGAGUCACUGUGGAGGAAAUCCCAGCAGUCAACACAGGAGUCGAGAGGAUGUCAGACCAGAGCACUGCACACUGCUGAGUCAGAGGUCCAGACUGUGUCCACCACCAUCAGUGGAACCCAGACGGAACCACAGGACCCAGACCCAGACCAGCUCUACCAACAGAACCCAGAGCAGCCGGACCCACCCGGUCUGAAGGAUUUCCUGCAGCGGGUGGAGGAAAGUGUAAUCAGAGAGCUGGUGAAGAAUACCAGGAGUCACGCCUUCGAUGGGUUUGAGGUCAACUGGGAGGAUCAUAAUGAACUGGUUUCAUGCCUUCAUUGUCUUGAACAUCCCAGUGCUCUAGAGAGUGGUCUUCAUGUAACCAGUGUGUCCUGGAGUUGUACAGGUUCAGUUAUCGCCUGUGCAUAUGGACGGAUUGACGAUGGGGACUGGAGCACCGAAAGGUCAUUUGUGUGUACGUGGAAUCUGAACCGUCGAGGUCUGAACCCCAAACAGGCUGAUCUGGUCAUCGACGUUCCCACUGCAGUUACAGCUCUGUGCUGUCACCCGAACCAGCCCGCCCUCAUCGCAGGGGGUCUGUACAGUGGAGAGGUGGUAGUCUGGGACACCAGUCGGACUCAGGACACAGUUCUGGCCCAGACCGGUAUGUCUGCAGACAGCCACAGGGAGCCUGUUUAUAAGGUUUCCUGGGUCCCCCUGCAGAAGAAAGGAGAGUUUGGGGUGCUGAGCGCCUGUUCAGGAGGAAGGGUUCUGCAGUGGACGCUGGAUCAGGGCAGGUGUGUCCUGAGCGCUGGCUACGCUUUAGCGCGACAGCAGGUUCCUCACAGCAGCAGCUUCAAGACCCGGGGCAGUAGUACAGUUGGUGUCACCUCUCUGGCUCUGUCUCCCUGGGACCCUGACACUUUCCUGGUGGGUUCAGAGGGGGGGCUGCUGCUCAGAUGCUUGUUCUCCUCGCAGACGGUGGCUGCAGUGGUGUCUGAAGGUCAGAGUGUGACACUAAGGGCCCCAGCGGUCUUUUCAUUCAGGCCUCGCAGCGGCCCCGUGCAUUCCAUACACUGUUCACCUUUCCACAGGAACCUGUUUGUGAGUGCAGGGACUGAUGGCCUGGCCCACAUCCAUUCUCUGCUGCAGGUCAACCCACUCCUGUCCCUCAGGGUUUCUGACUCCUAUGUGUUUCAGGUGCAGUGGUCUCCAACCAGACCACUGGUUUUUGCUGCAGCCACGGGACAAGGUGAGGUCCAGAUAUUUGACCUGGGACGUAGAUCCUUGAGGCCAGCGGCCACCAUCGAGCAGGGAGGAGCUGGUCAAGCUGCUACGUGUUUGGCCUUUAACCAUCAGAACUCUCACCUCCUGGCUGUAGGGAAAACCAACGGGACAGUGGGUAUUUGGCAGCUGAGCGCAGAUUUGACUGAACAGAGCCCCAGAGAGAGCAGCCAGCUGGAGCAGAUAGCCAAUCAAGUGGCAGAAUGAGACGCCUCAGCCUGGACAAAUGAUGAUCACUUCCUGGACUGUAUUAUUGAUGAUUUAAGUAAAAGACUAUGAAAGGAAUGAUUGUACUGUGGGAGUGGGAAAAAAUGCAAGGAGAAUGAUUCCAGUUCUAACCAGUAGCGUUUAUUAAAGCACACUGCAGUUGUUAA